CUCCUUUUACUCAUCACUCUUUGCAUACCCAUUUUUCAGCACGCCCUUCUCCCGGCCGCAAGCUUACACGGCUUGCUCACGACCUUGGACGACCUUGUAACGACAACGACCACCACCCCUAAUAGCUCUACUCGAAACACUUGCCCCCCCAUAUCCCGCAGACCACAUCUGGUACUUCCCCUGGCUGCAGCAGACAAAGAGAGUGUCACUCUCUCACAAAGACCUUUGCCACCGACCGACCGCAUGAUCCCACCCGCGUAACACGGCUCCCUCUACUACCUUCAUCUCUCCUUCUCGCCCACCUUUAUCCCCCUCGCACCCAUCAGCAACCUCAUCUCCACAGCUUAGGGGGCACCGAGCCGGCCUCACCCAACGGCCGCGACCGACGACAACGCCACUGUUGACACCAUGAAGUCGCUUUUCUCGAGAUUCAAGUCGGCGGGGACCACAACCACCGAGAAGCAUACCGGCCACCCCCCAGUCCCAGAAAAGCACAAGGAGAAGGUUAAUGUUGCGCACCCCCACCCAGUAACCGCAGCGAUCGGAGGCCGCUCGGACAGGGACAGCAGCGGCGGCGGUGGCGACCGCACCGUCCGCGUCAGCAGGUCACGAUCGUUACUGAACCGCAGGCCUAGCAGCAGACAUGCUGUGCGGACCCCUACCCCGACAACGGCUGCAGCAGCAACAGCAGGCGAAGCCAGCGAGCACCACCACAGUCAUCACCAUCACGAACACCACCACCACGAACACAAUCACCAUGAACACCACCACUAUCCCCGCCCCACUACCCCAGGUCCUUUGCAGGCCGCAACGCCGGUGCCCCAGCCUGCCGAGCUGCCUGAGCGCAAGGAUUCCCUACUGCUCUCAGGCGUCGAGCCAGCGGCCGUGGCGACCACCCACGACGACACGCACCUGAGAGCGCACUGGGACCUCGAGUCGCCUCGGCGUCGCAUGAGCUCGGACAAUAUCAAAAAGGUUGCAUUCCAGUCCCCAGCGCGGGCGACAGAGCACUCGAGCGAGACAGACCUCCGGUCACGUAUGGAACCGGCACCGCCGCGUAGUACCUCGCGUGCCCAUGUCCGCAGGGUAUCCUCGCCCCGCCGGUCAUCUGUGCGUGCGGCGUCGCCAUCCAAAGGACGUGCUGCGUCUCCCACACGCCAGCACCGCUCGCCCACACCUACCUCACGUCACAUUGUGCAGCGCCCAAGCUCCCGAGCGUCAAACUCGCACUCGCACCUGCGCAAGACCUCGUCGUCGUCAGUGUCGGCCAGUGGUGUGAGCCACUCGCCGACCAAGUCGACAUUGUCGUCACUUGCCCCGUCCGACGCCUCGACCAUGAGCGCCGAAAGCUACCUACCACAACCAGAGAGCUGGAGCGCGGCCAUGGACGACGAGCUGGUCGCCAACCUCGGUCCACGGGAACGUGCCCGCCAAGAGGUCCUCUGGGAGAUUGUUCACAGCGAAGAGCGAUACGUGCGCGACCUCGAGACCCUCAAUGAAACUUUUUGCAAGACGCUCCUACCCGCGUCCGAUCCCACCCCAUUCUCUCUCCCUGACCCGGUAACGACUACGCGCACAAUGUCGCCGUUAUCGCCGACGAUAUCAUCUGGAGGCUCCACAUCGUAUCACGAUUCGUCCGCCACCACGACUGAUUCGUCAUUUCUGCCCAUUGCCGCCCAGUUCUCUUCGGCCAGGUUCUCGUCCGACUCGUUCCGCAACUCGGCUGGCCUGGUCGAUUCGCCAGAAGCAACCGACAGCUCGUAUGGGCCCCCGGGUCGGCCGUCGGCUGUGGCCGCCCGCAUCGACGCGUACAACGCCUUAACCCGUAGCGGCGGUGUUGCUGGGGCUAGCGCAUCGCAGGAAAACCAGGCGAGCCGACCGCACCAGAACAAGGACGCGUACGCCCGAAACAGCGUUGUCAUUACACAUGGACCAACGGCGCCACUCGCAACAAGAAGAGCAUCGGCGCCCGUCAUUGACACGAGCGACAGCGGCCAUUCGCGCCUGGGCUCGCGAUCGAGCUUGUCUUCGGUCGCAAACGGACCCGUCACGCUUCCCGACGAUCUCGAGCAAGUGCUUGCGGUGAUUUCCCAAGGUAUUCUGCAGGGGCAUAUCAAGCAGGUGACGGAGCUGCGGACAAAGUAUGAUGAGCAGUUCCCGCUUGUCCGCAGCCUGGCAGAUGUGUUCACGUCUCAUUCGGACAUACUUCGCGAAUACGCCACCUACGUGCUGCACCUGGAGCGUGCGUUGGCGCAGGUAGACGAGGCGCUGCAGAUUGCCGAGAAGAUCCAUUCCACGGCUGGAAAGCGGUCGUCACGGCGCCUUGAAGAUUCACAGCUUGGCAAACUGGGCAAAUUACUCCAGAGCCUGGAGGACGUGGCCGCUGAGCGUGGCGAGGCGGGGCUGAGCAUUGCUCUAAGCAAGCCGUUUCAGCGCCUGUUGAAGUACCCUCUGCUGUUCCAGAACCUCCUCUAUAACACGUCCCCUUCGACGCGCGAGUAUGAAGCCACGCUCGCAAUGGUGGACGAGGUCCAGCGAAUCGUUCGCAGUAUCGAGGACGAGAAGAGCUCAACCGAGGACAGAGAAAAGGCACACGAUGCCUGGGCGCGCAUUGACGGCAUUGAGCGCAACAAGUUGCUGAUGGCGCCACGCCCCAGCCGCUUGCUUGUUAGCGAAACGUCACUCAAGGAGCUCAAGGAGCAAAGCAAGGGCAAGGAUGCGCCGCCGAUCAAGGAGCGGAAGAGCCACCACCGCCUGAGCGACAUUCUCAAGGGCAAGAAGGACAGCGACCAGUGGAUUGUCAAAUUCACCGACGUCUCCCUCCUCUGCGAGCUCACUGGCACGACCACAUUGCCGUUGUCCACUGGCAAGCGCUCUGAGUCUGUCACAGACCUUGGGACGACCAACAAACGCUUAAGUGGCAUCAACAACAAGAGGCACCAGUCGGUGCGAUCGCGCAAUCUGUACCGAUUUGUCAAGGUGCACGAAUGGCAUCAAAAGGCGACACCGUCGCCUGUGCGUCGAACGUCUGUGGACCCUCUGGGUGUCGGGCGACGGGCUCCGCUUGAGAGACUGGCAGAGGCUCCGAGCACGCCCAAGGCGUCGCCUCACCGCACGCCGCUCGCCACGCCGUCCAAGAUUGUGCCGCUCAAGGGCGAGGACGACACGCCGACCAAGCUGACGCCACGGCGCCGGCCGGGUGGGCAGUCUCUGCCUCUUACCAGCUUUGACGACGACCGGUCGGAAAGCAUGUCGGUCAUGUCGUUUGCGUUCCGCAGCGAGGCGCGGCCCAAUCCUGUUGGUCCACGCAAGACCAAGGUUGGGAGUGCGAGCACGAGCCCGCGGGCAUCGCUCAACCGGGCGACUGCUGCGUCGCUUCAGCGGCAGCUGGGCAAUGGGGCGUCGACCAGUCUGGGCAGUGCGGCGGCCAAUGCCAAGUUUGCCAACCGACUGCGGUCCAGCGACGACAUUGUCGGCGGUGCGACCAUUCGGCCGGCCUCUCGCUCACGCCGGUCGCUCCCGCCAGCGAUGGCGAAUGUCGGCGCACUGCGGUCGACAUCUGUGUUGUCCCCGACCCUGACCAACGUGGCUGGGCGGGACACGCCGUCUAUCCGUACGUCACGCGAGCUGCACUCGCGUGAGGCGACUGCCACGUCUGGUACUGCCACCAAGCCGCCGUGGAACUCGUCCACGCGGCCUGUUGCGUCGCCUGCGCCUCGUCCGAGCUCCAUGUCGGCCAUACGACCCAAGCCCAAGCUCAUGUCGGGGCACAAGACGACCGAGAGCCACUCGUCUACGGGGUCGUCAAGUGCUGCCAAGGCGAGCUCGAGUGCCAAGGCGAGCUCGAGCAACAAUGCCGAUGUGAGCAUGUCGGACAAGAGUGACAAUGCGCUGGGGAUCAGUGGGGCGCCGGCGCCUGCUGCUGUCGCGGCGGGCAGCGCGCGGCGCAACCUGGGCGGGCACAUCUAGCGCGAGUGUCUGGCCCUUGUCUGGUGGCCGGAGGAGCACAUCGUAGAGUUACAUAACGUUGUACUGUGGCUUGUGGCCAAUGCAGUGUCAUGAGCGCGGA